UAGCCCAUCAUUGUCAUCACGAUUGCCCGCAUGCCCUGAUCCGAUCUUGACCUGGGCCAUGUACCUCCUGAACGCUCGCACCCAGAAGCUGGAACACUUCUUGGAUCUACCUCCUUAUGCCAUACUCUCACACGCAUGGCAAUCAGGGGAAGCGCAUCGUUUCCACGAAAUCGGCACUCCGGGCGUAUGCCAAAAGCCAGGCUACGAUAAGGUCCAAGGUUGUUGUACGCUGGCGCUGCAGCAUGGCCUGGACUACGUCUGGAUCGACACCUGCUGUGCGGAUGCCAACAGCAUCACCGCCUUCGACGAAGCAUUGAACUCAUCGUAUGCUUGGUUUAACCAAGCAGCAGUGUGUUUUGUCUAUCUACACGACGUCGAGAGCAGAGAAAGGCCGGAGCAGGAGAGCAGCACAUUUCGACGCUCCAAGUGGUUCAGUCGUGCGUGGACCCUUCAGGAACUUUUGGCACCAGGGAAUGUAUUCUUCUUCGCUAAGGAUUGGAAAGAGAUUGGAACGAAAGCUGGCCUUGCCAGUGUAAUAUCCAGCGUGACGGGUAUCCAUACUGAUGCCCUCAUGCACCCAGAGCGCGUCCCUCAUUUUAGUGUCGCAACGCGGAUGUCAUGGGCCAAGGGACGGAAAUCAUCCAAGCCCGAGGACAGGGUGUAUGCGCUGAUGGGUCUUUUCGGUGUCAACUUGCCCAUAGUGUAUGGACAGGGCGAGACCGAAACUUUUAUGAAGCUUCAGCAUGAAAUCAUAAAGAAAUCGGACGAUCAAUCCAUUCUCGCAUGGCGCUUCUUUACCCGUGCCCCAUCCCCACGCACCUCGAGUUUUCUAGCCGACUCCCCUGACUACUUUGCUGACUGUGGUGAUGUCCAUCGGAUUCCUUCUGACCAGUUGUUGGAGUACUGCAUCAAACAUUCCCAUCCGACCGCCAACCCCCGGUCGGGCUUCCUUCUGACAUGUAGAGGGCUCCAAGCCACUCUACCUGUACGGUCACGACGACCUGGUGUACUUGAUGCACUUUUGGCCUGCGCACGUGGACCCGGCGUCUGGAAUGGUAGCAAGUACGCCGUGAACCUUGACGAUGCAGAGGUAAUUUGCAUUCGUCUCCGGAAACCCACCCCAGGCGUGCAUCCUUACGAACGGAUGGAUGAACACUCCUUAGAAGCUAUCAAUAUCCGUGAUGCGCACGACUUUGUUCUCCAAGAUGUCCAGUUGUCUGCCUCUCAGCGACUCCCUACCCGCCUCGACUCCUAGUCACCUCACACGGUUUUUAUAUACUCCUUUCUGUUGUCUUUGGCUGUCUCGUUUUACUAUCGAAUGUCUUCCCUAUGCUUUGGCAUCGUUGUCCAUGACUGCUAUUUCACCUCCAUUAUUACCAAUGCGAGUGUCGUGUAUAGUGUCUUGUGCAAGUCUCAUGUAUCAUAUUUUGCGCGUCAGGAUUGUCAUCGGUUGAUUCAUCUUCUGUGCAAGUUCAAGCCCUGACAGGUAUGAAGUGGGCGACUCGGGCAAGGCGACAGCCUUUCGA